CCAGAACUGGUCAGAACCUGCUGAAACCCAGCUCUGGUUUGUGGAGGAGAUGUGAUGGCCAUGUCCCCCCCGCCUCUCCUCCUCCCUUUGCUGCUCUGUUGUCUUGUGGGAUGGCCAACCCGUCUCUGGAAUUAGACUUGCAGCCGACUUUUUUAGCCAAAAAAGAAAUUCUCCCCCUUCCUGAAUGGCUGUGCUGUUUCCUCCUCAAGUUCUUUCCAAAUGUUUCCAUUUAGGGCAAUGAUUCCUUCCUGGCUUUCUUUGGCCUCUUGGAAGUGGCGAGGCUGAGCUUUCCCCUGGGGCAAGAGCCACGUUCCGUCUGCGGCAGGAAAGACGCAGAAAGUUUUGGGGUGUCUUGAAAGAUUGCAGAAACCAAGCUUUUCUGGGCCAGACUGAGCUCUUUGCUGAUGGAGAGCCCCUUCUUUGGGAUGCUUAAUUCUUCCGCUGUGGGGCGCUGUUCAUGAGACAAACAGGACAAGGCUUGGAAGCCCACCAGGGAGUUCUUCUAACAGGCUUGACCGGUGGAGAGAAGUGAGGCUUCUGGGAAUAGAGCUGGUGGGACAACCACACAUCUGAUUUUGCCCCAGUGGCUGCAUAAGUGAAGGUGCCUCUUUCUUUCUUUCUUUCUGUCUUUCACAGAAUGCUGGCCUUGAGGACAUGCUGGACAUUGCUGCCAAGAUCACAUUGCUCUUCACCAGCUGACCUUUCCAAGCUCUGGGCUCUGGCCUGCAUGGCACCCUGGAAGAACAUCACUCUGGCUUCAACAAGCUUCCAUCCACUAUGGAAGGUCAAGCACCUUUGUUGUGCCAAUGCUGGGCCAUCCAGUGGCUGCCUUCGGUCUUCUCCCCUCUGAGAAAGGGAUUGAUCUGCAGGUGCUCCUGAGGAGAGGAAGCCACCUGUGUGCAAAGGAUGAGUGCCCUCAGUGGGGGAGGGAUUCUUGGCUUGACAACCGUAUCCAUCACUCUGGACUUCAGCCUGCACAGCAGCUUGAUGGCUUGGCCACUGAGUCACAACUUGACUGGGAAUCACAGUUUGCCAACAACAGAUCCUCUGAAUUCCUCCAUGGGGGCAGACAUCUCUCGGAAGCCCAUCAAUGAGAAGAACUGGCCAGCCCUCCUGAUUCUGGUCAUCAUCAUCUUAACUAUUGGUGGAAAUAUUUUGGUUAUCAUGGCGGUCUCCUUGGAGAAGAAGCUCCAAAAUGCCACCAACUACUUCCUGAUGUCCUUGGCUGUGGCGGACAUGCUGGUGGGCAUUCUGGUGAUGCCAGUAUCUCUGGUCACUAUUCUCUAUGAUUAUGCCUGGCCUUUGCCUAAACAACUGUGUCCCAUCUGGAUUUCCCUAGAUGUGCUGUUUUCCACGGCCUCCAUCAUGCACCUUUGCGCCAUCUCCCUUGACCGUUACGUUGCCAUCCGCAACCCCAUCGAACACAGCCGGUUCAACUCCCGCACCAAGGCCAUCAUGAAGAUCGCUGCCGUCUGGACCAUUUCGAUGGGUAUUUCACUGCCCAUCCCAGUCAUCGGCUUGCAAGAUGAUUCUCGGGUCUUUGUGAAUGGAAGCUGUGUCCUGAACGACGAAAACUUUGUCCUCAUCGGCUCCUUCGUGGCGUUCUUCAUCCCCCUGAUGAUCAUGGUGGUUGCCUACUGCCUGACCAUCCAGGUCCUGCAGAAGCAGGCGUCUCUCUUCCUGUACGGGGAGCCCCUCAAGCCGAGGAGGAGCAGCAUGAGCUCUGUGAGGAAGGACCCCAACGCGGAGAACCUUUCCAUGCUGCAGAACCACGAGGCGGCUUCCCACUUAAACUCUCCGGUCAACAAAGAAGCCGUUCUUUUCCGGAAAGGCACCAUGCAGUCCAUCAACAACGAACGCAGGGCUUCCAAAGUCUUGGGGAUCGUCUUCUUUUUGUUCCUGAUUAUGUGGUGCCCGUUUUUUAUCACCAACAUCAUGUCCGUUCUCUGCCAGGACGCCUGCGACAAGGCGGUUCUCCGUGAGCUUCUGGACGUGUUUGUUUGGGUGGGCUACAUCUGCUCGGGGGUCAAUCCCCUGGUCUACACACUCUUCAACAAGAUCUACCGCAGGGCUUUCUCUGACUAUAUCCGGUGCCGCUACGAGAGCGGGAAAAGGGCCUCCCAGCUGCACAGCCAGUGCCCCAAUGUCUCCUCCACAGCCUUCUACGGCAAGGAUCUCAACUUGAACAGUUACCGCCAUGAACUCAACAGCACGGAGCUGGACGAGAUGGAGGCGGCUUUGGAAAUGCACGUAGGGACCCCGGAGAUCUCGGUCAACAGCUGCGGCGGUGAAAAAACAAGUAGCGUGUAAACUUACACGCUUCUACUCACCUCUGAAUCUCAUGAACAAUGUUCCUGCUAGUCAAAGAACAAUGUAAAUAUGGCAUUAUGAACAAAACCUUUCGCCCCCACCCCCAUUUCCGCUUUCUUACUUGUAGCUUGUUGUUUUGCACCAUUCUUAAAUUCAGAACCAGUCCCUGGUUGUGGGGAACGGAGCAGGUGGGUCUCCCGUGGGAGCAGCUGCAAAACGGCACCCCUUCUUUUGCUUAUGAAACUGUUAUUUUCAUUCUGGUGCAUGAACAAAAAAUACCGUUAAUCUCAGGUGGGUUUUCUUUUUUUAAAAAUCUUUCUUUUUCUCCGUUGGGUCUCAGUGGUCAAUUAUGAGUAAGUCACGUAUUAAAUAAAGGGAUUUGGGCUUGGA